AAUUCUAGCUGUAGAUGGAUUGCUUGUGAGAAUGGGUUACACAUUACCCUGGACUGCUUAUGAUAGUGGCUCUGUCAUCAAAGGGCCCAUUUCACUAAAGAAUGAAGUUGUCUAACCCUGUUGGCUGUAAGUAAAAUGGAUCACAUCCAUCUUCUACCAUCUCUGCAUUGACAGCUAGAUUCAUUUGCUGAAUGUUUUCAGAAUGGUGCCUUUGUGGAUUCUGAACAUGUUCCUGACUGCACUUUUUGUGCUUCAGACUGAUGAAAUAAAUGCAGGUUCUGGGGAAGUCCGAGGCAAUUUGGUUGUUCACAAUGCUGUACAGCAAGCGAUCAAAAUGGUGGACAGAGCAUACAAAGAAAGCAGAGAUGACCACAAGGUUAAACUGGCAAAAGGGGCCCUGACUUCAGCUGACCUGCUGGCCUAUUUUAAGCAGCCUAUGGGAGAAACUAGAACUGCGGUGCGGUCUGCAGAGUACAUGGAAACUGCACUAAAGCUCAUCCAGCACAAUGUCAAGGGCUUCUACAAAAACCGGCUCAAUAUAACAGAUCUAUUAACGCAGACAGAUAUGGACACCAUCUCGAGGAUCACUGGCUGCUCAGCUCCAUCCCUGCCCACAGUUUGUGGGGGUGACUGUUGGUCAAACAGAUAUAGGACCAUCAACUCUCAGUGCAACAACAGGAAGAAUCCUCGUCUGGGAGCAGCUAAUGGUGCGUUUGCCCGCUGGCUCCCAGCUCAAUAUGAGGAUGGGUUUUCACUUCCAAAGGGCUGGAACAGAAGGACGUUAUAUUCAGGAUUUCGUCUGCCGCUGGUGCGAAGAGUAUCGAAUAAAAUUCUGCAGGUGGCCAACCAGAUGAUACCCCUGGACCAGGACUAUGCUCACAUCUUUGUGCAAUGGGGCCAAUGGCUUGAUCAUGACCUGGACUUAGCCCCUCAAUCAGGCAGCAUCCAAACUUUCAACGAAGGCAUUCAUUGUGAUAAAACAUGUGCACGGAGAAGUCCAUGUUUUCCCAUCAGGAUACCUAGGAAUGACUACAGGUUCAAUAGCAGUGUCGGCUGCAUGCCUUUCUUGCGAUCAGCUCCUGUAUGUGGCAUCGGUGAUCUGGGCUCAUCCUUUGGACACUUUCACAAUCACGUUCGGGAACAACUAAAUGCUGUAACAGCCUUUAUCGAUUCCAGUAUGGUGUACGGGAGCGUCAGAUUUGUUGCAAAUCGAAUCCGAAACCAUACCACUGAUCUGGGAAUGCUGAUGAUUAACCAAAACUACUCGGACAAUGGGCUGGAGUACUUACCAUUCAGCAGUGGUGAGCUAGAGAACCCAUGUACUAUGAAUCCCAACAGCACUGGAGUUCCUUGCUUCAUGGCAGGAGAUGGACGUGUGAAUGAGCACCUGGGGCUCUUAUCUUUUCAUGUGUUGUUUCUACGGGAACAUAAUCGCUUGGCAAGAGAGCUGAAGAGACUGAACCCACACUGGAGUGGUGAAACAACGUACCAGGAGGCGAGGAAAAUCAUGGGAGCAUUUCAUCAAAUUAUAACCUUUCGAGACUACAUCCCUAAACUUAUUGGUCCAGCAGCAAUGCGGAAAUUUCUCCCACCUUAUGUUGGUUACAAUUAUUCCAUUGAUCCCAGAAUUGCCAACGUUUUUGCCACAGCUUGUUUUCGGUAUGCACACGUCACCAUUCAGCCACUGGUCCAUCGCUUCAACGAAAACUAUCAGGAACACCCACAAUAUCCAAACAUACCCCUGCGCAGUUCCUUCUUCUCUCCCUGGAGAAUUGUGCAUCAGGGUGGAAUUGAACCAAUUCUUCGCGGAUUACUGGCCAAUCCAGCCAAAAGGCAGAAGCAAAAUCGAAUGAUAGUGGAUGAAUUGCGCCAACACCUGUUUGAGUUGACGAAUCGGCUGCCACUGGACCUGGCCUCAUUAAACCUGCAACGGUCCCGGGAUCAUGGGCUCCCAGGCUAUAAUGCUUGGAGGAGGUUCUGUGGUCUCGCUGAGCCCAAGAAUGUAAAGGAUCUCACAGCAAUCCUCAGAAAUUCUCGUCUGGCAAGGGACCUGUUCAAGCUGUAUGGAACUGCAGAGAACAUCGAGCCAUGGCUAGGGGGAGUGUCAGAGCCAUCAGUGAGAGGUGGAAGGUUGGGUCCGUUGCUUGCCUGCUUGGCAGGGCAGCAGUUCAAAAACCUGAGAGAUGGAGACAGAUUCUGGUGGGAACACCAAGGAGUUUUUACCAUCGAUCAACAAAAAGCUCUGAAGCAAGUCUCACUCUCCAGAGUCAUCUGUGAUAACACCAGGAUUGAAGAAGUCCCUCGUGAUGCAUUUAGGUUUAGGUCCUAUCCAAAAGGAUAUGUGAGUUGCACGCAGAUUUCAAGAGUAGAUCUGAGUGCUUGGAAGGAGAAUGUGGAAGUGAUUCCCUGUGGAUCCGUCCCCAUUGUGGCUCAUGCCCAUUUCACGAUCUGUAAAUCCUCAAUCAGAUACACCUGUGAGUGCGGAUACAUGCUGGUGGGAGCGGAUACAAUAAUGUGUGUGAGUGAUGGACAGUGGGACCCAGCUCCACCCGGCUGCACAGGCUCAUUGACAAAUGAAAUAUGAUACUUCUUUGGUUGUAUUUCAAAAGAAUACAUUGCUAAUUAAGAAUGGCAACAUCUCCUGUUCCCAAUCCCUGUGAGUAUGAUUAGGGUUGGAAGACAAUGUCACACAACCAAUCCAAACACCUCCAACCCCACCUCAUGACGUUUAUAGUACAACUUCAACUUAAGCAUUGCUGACGCGCGUAGGCUUUAGGUGGAAAUAAGAUGAAAUGAUUAUUUAUGUUAACAGAAUUGUAAAAUUCUAGAAUGUAUUAAUGUUCUCACUGAUACCGAAUCAAGAAUUAACAAAUUAAUUCACAUCUGAUUAUGCUUCUGAGAUGCAAUGUAAUUCUGUUGUGGAAUUAGCCCAAUAAAAACCCUGUCUUCACUGA